AUGUUUUGCAAUCGUAUUUAUUUGAAAUUGUUCUCAGGCCUUGCCUGCAUAGAGGACAUAUUUUGUGGCCACCGGGCAGCCAGACGACAUACUUUGGCACCACGGUCACUGGGGGACUUAACCUUCCGCAAGAGUCUAAGUUUCCAUGAAAUCGAGUCAGCACAGCUUUCCGUGGAAAAAUCUCUUUGGAGCCUGGCAUUUGACGGGGGAUGCCAGUUCAUUGUAACGGUAUUGAAUCAAAGUAGCAAGGUGCUUGAUCCCGAGGGUACGGUAACGGUUCCUCUUCCAUGGCCGGGGUCAAAAAGUACUCGGGAUAUGAGCAAAUCAGAAGCUCGAUAA